AUGUUUUUUCUUCAAAUAACAGAGAAUGAUGUUGAACGAUUAAAACGUCGAAUCGAUUCAUUAGUUAAAGCAAACGACGACAAAGAAAAGAAAAUUGAGGAAUUACAACAGCAGUUAGCAAAAUAUCAGCCACCCGUUACAAAUACAUCAUCGGUAAAAAAAGGUUACGAAGCAGAUGGUGAUAACUCAGACAGUAACUCAUUGCCAUCUGUGAGUAGUGAGAAAGAAUCACGAGCCAGUAGUGCUGAACCGAUGAUUACAAGAGAAAUUAGUACUCCAGUACGUGAUAAACAACGAACAUCCACAAGAACAUUACCAUCCGAUGAAAGAGCCCAUUCGCUUGAUCAGAGUGGAUAUAUUUCUGAUGGACCAAGUCAUAAAUAUUCAUUAUACAAAAAAUCAUCAGGAACAAAUCUGGAUAAAACAAAAUCAUCGAGUGCUAAAGGAAUAAAAAGUAUUUUUGGAAAAAUUAUACGAACGAAUUCUGGCAGUUUUCGUGAUGACAACUCUGAUCAGAGUCCAUUUCAAAGAGGCGGACUACGAGCAACAACAGGUGGAAGAACUGCAUUUAAACCACUCAAUGAUCUUGAAACAACAUUUUCUCGAUGGCCCACAGAGCAAGUUGUUAAUUGGCUUUAUGGAAUUGGUCUAGGACAGUAUGCGAAUGAAUGUCGAAAAUGUGUCAAAAAUGGACUGCAAUUGUUGCAAGCAACACCUCAAGAACUUGAAAAAGAUAUUGGCAUGAGAAAUCCAUUACAUCGAAAGAAACUUCAAUUAUGUUUAAAUGGUUUAUGUGCUCGUAAAGUAGAAGCAGAUUAUAUUAAUUUGCUUGAUACACAUUGGGUUCAAAAAUGGCUCGAUGAUAUAGGUCUACCUCAAUAUAAAGAUUAUUUUGCCGAAUCAAAAGUUGAUGGAAGAUUAUUACAUAAUUUAACACUUGAAGAUUUAAUGUAUUUAAAUAUAACUAAUGAAUUACAUCAUCUUAGUAUUAAACGAGCUAUUCAAGUAUUGAGACUAAAUGGUUUUAAUCCAAGUUGUUUAAAACGUCGACCAGCGAACGAUGAUAAAAAUGAUAUGGCAGAAGUUAUGCAUUGGACAAAUCAUCGCGUUAUGGAAUGGCUAAGAUCAAUAGAUCUAUCGGAAUAUGCACCAAAUUUACGUGGUUCUGGUGUUCAUGGUGGACUAAUUGUUUUAGAAUCACGUUUUAAUUCAACAAUAUUAGCUGAAAUUUUAUCUAUACCAUUAUCAAAAACAUUAUUAAGACGACAUUUAAAUAUGAGAUUUCUAGAAUUGAUCGGAGCUGAAAUACAACAUCGAAAACAUGAAUACGAAAAAUCGACUAGUUAUCAACCGUUGACAUCACAUACGAAAAUAAAGUUUUCGAGAGGCCUCUUUUCUCAUCGACGAACAAAAUCUGUUGAAGCAGACGAUUUAGUCUGUCCUAUUAAUGAAAAUGGAAUAUCGCCAAGUUUAAAACUUGUUUUGGCACAUGAUAGUCCAACAACCGUUGUUUGA